CCAUGGAUCAACUGAAAAAGGUUGAUCCAGCCCUAGUAGUAAUCAGAGUCGAUUGGAUUUGGGAACUGGGGGAUUUCAACCUUUUCGUGCCCUAAAAACUUGCACUCACUGAUUCAACUUCAAUUCAUUCAUCAAACCAACAGAUAUGUUGCAGUGUAUAUUUCUCCUUUCCGAUUCCGGAGAGGUGAUGCUGGAGAAGCAGCUGACUGGCCAUCGUGUCGAUCGAUCAAUCUGUGCUUGGUUUUGGGAGCAAACAAUCUCUCAACCUGAUUCCUUCAAGGUUUUGCCGGUAAUUGCUUCACCAACGCAUUACCUUUUUCAAAUUGUACGUGAGGGGAUCACAUUUUUAGCCUGCACUCAAGUUGAAAUGCCACCUUUGAUGGGAAUUGAGUUUCUUUGCAGAGUAGCUGAUGUUCUCUCUGACUAUCUUGGAGGGUUAAAUGAAGAUGUAAUAAAGGAUAAUUUUGUCAUCGUAUAUGAGCUAAUGGACGAAAUGAUAGACAAUGGAUUCCCCCUAACUACAGAACCUAACAUACUGAGGGAUAUGAUAGCUCCUCCAAACAUUGUUAGCAAAAUGUUGAGUGUUGUCACCGGUAACAGUUCUAACGUGAGCAACACCCUUCCAGGUGCGACAUCAUCAUGUGUACCAUGGAGGACGACACACUUGAAGCAUGCAAACAAUGAUGUGUAUGUCAAUCUUGUUGAAGAGAUGGAUACAAUUAUAAACAGCGGUGGGGUCUUAGUGAAGUGUGAGAUCUUUGGUGUGGUUGAAGUGAACUCUCAUCUUUCAGGCAUUCCGGAUUUGACCCUUUCCUUUGCAAACCCUUCCAUUCUGAAUGAUGUGCAGUUUCAUCCUUGUGUUAGAUUUCGACCCUGGGAAUCAGAACAGAUACUCUCCUUUGUGCCUCCAGAUGGACAGUUUAAGCUCAUGACUUACAGGGUCAAGAAGUUAAGGAAUACUCCUAUAUAUGUAAAGCCUCAAUUGAGUUCAGAGUCUGGCACAUGUCGUCUUAGUGUGAUGGCUGGAAUCCGGUAUGAUCCUGGAAAACCCAUCGACUCGAUAGUGGUGCAAUUUCAACUCCCUCCUUGUGUAUCAUCAGCCAAUCUCACUGCAAACCAUGGAACUGUUAAUAUACUUGCUGAUAAGACAUGUAGCUGGUCAAUUGGACGGAUUCCGAGAAAUAAAGCCCCACAAAUGUCUGGAACAUUGGUGCUCGAAGAAGGGUUAAAACAACUGGACGUAAAGCCUACGUUUCAGGUAGGGUUCAAAAUCAUGGGCACAGCUCUAUCUGGCUUGAAAAUAGGUAAGCUUGAUCUCAAGAAUCUACCUUCACCUGCUCACAAGGGUUUUCGAGCUCAGACCGAUGCAGGUCAUUAUGAAGUUAGAUCAUAGUCUUCAAAAAAUGGUAUGCUUUCAAGACCUUCUCUAGAUUCAGAUAUGGAGUACCCCAUCUCCUAAUCUUUCCAGACAGAGGUAAGGUCUACGUACAUUUUACCCCUACCUCUGGGUAUACUGGUUUGGUUUAUGUUAGAACCAACACAUGGUUUGAAUUUUGUAGUUUUGGUUUCGUUUGAGUGGUUUGAUAUUAUAAAAACGGGUGAACGACUGUGUACAAAGGGAGCUCAUUAUAUUCUUUAACCUUUCUUCGUGAUGAGUUGC